CAACAUUUCUUCAUUUUAUAUCAACAAAAGUAGAGGAGAAAAUUAAAUUAUGCUUCGAUGCAGCUCCCCAGCCUCUAGUUCAGCUCACCAAACACAAGAAAAACACACACAAAUACAUUAGUAUAUAGAAUCCAAUUCAACUCUAGUUUAAGCCCAUCACAUAAUUUUACCACUCUCAGUAUUGGGGGUUUCAAGAAUAUCAGUCUUUUUCGAAUUCCGGAUGAUUUUUUAGGCUAAAAUUAGGUUCGAGUCUGCUUUGAACUUUUUCUAUUUUUUUUCUCCAUUUGUUCUUACCAUUUCAGGGUUGUUGCAUCUCAUUCUCCAUUACUAGCUUCUUGUCGAAAAACCCUAUAAAAAUUUAUACUAGUUUUGAUUUUUUUGAAGAAAAUUAGUAGAAUUUUAAGGCUGGCAAAUCCUUGGUGGGGGGAACAGGUGGGAUUGUUGCCCGGAAUCGAUCCAGCACCACUUGCUACAACUCCAACAGCUACGAUGAACAACAAACGCCAGCGCGAAUUAAUAUCAGUUACUGAUGAUGAAGACCGGGAUCAGGAUAACGACGAUGAGUUGAACGAAGGAGCCGUUGUGGUUGGCUCCAGAAGACCUAAAGGCCGUCCUCCAGGUUCCAAAAACAGGCCGAAACCCCCUAUUGUUGUGACACGUGACAGCCCUAAUUCUCUUCGAAGCCAUGUGAUGGAAAUUGCGAGCGGAGCUGAUGUGGCAGAAAGUAUAGCUCAGUUUGCGCGUAGACGCCAACGAGGCGUCUGCGUGCUUAGUGGGAGUGGUUCUGUGAUUAAUGUGACACUGAGGCAGCCAGCUGCCCCGGGGGCUGUGGUGGCACUUCAUGGAACUUUCGAGAUCUUGUCGUUGACUGGUGCGUUUUUGCCUGGUCCAGCCCCGCCAGGCUCGACGGGGCUGACGGUUUAUCUGGCGGGAGGGCAAGGGCAAGUGGUGGGGGGUUGUGUGGUAGGUUCGCUUGUGGCAGCAGGGCCGAUUAUGAUUAUUGCUGCCACAUUUGCGAAUGCUACUUAUGAGAGGUUGCCUCUGGAGGAUGACGAGGAGUCGGGGCAGACUAUGCCCCACAGUGCAGGAGGUUCGCCUCCUGCUGUGGGGAGUAGUGGUCCGGGAGGCCAAGAUCAUCAUGGCCUCCCGGAUCCGUCAUCUCUUUUUAUGUACAGUAUGCCUCCUAACUCAAUGCCUAGUAUGCCUCCUAACUCAAUGCCUAAUGGUGGGCAAUUGAGCCGGGAUGCAUAUGCUUGGGGUAGUGAAAGGCCUCCAUAUUGAAGAGAUCGAAUUGAGAGAACUUAAUAAAACGGUCAUAGAAUUUCUGUUUGUA